CAGUACCAACCCAACUCUGGACCAGAUGUUUCUAAUCCUCUCUCUAGAACUGCAGAGUAAUUCAUGUCAGUCAUUUGCGCGUAAGGGCGAGAUUUGUGGUCAGGCGAGCCUUUGUUGCUCAAGAAGUGCAAACUAUUAGAGAGUAUAAAUACAGAGAUCUAAACUCAUUUUCCACUCACAGUUUUCUGAAUCUCUGGGAGAUUUUCUUUUUUCCCCCUCCUGCUGCUUGGAAGCUCGAGGCGCACAAUUCUGGCUCAGUUGUUUCAAUAAAAUUAGGCUAGUAAACUCCUCGAAAUAAUUCCUCAGUUCUGCCCUCCGACAUGUGGUGGAUGCUGUUUCCUCGCUGGAUCUGGUUCGUGUCGGGACAGUUUCUGCUGCUGUCUGUGGACAGGCAGUGCGUGAAAGGCAUGAGUUUGCAGAGAGUCGCGUAUUCCCACGCAGGGAUCUGUCCCAACGACAUGAACCCAAACCUGUGGGUCGAUGCAAUGAGCACAUGCAUGCGCGAAUGUGAAUCUGAUCAGGAAUGUCAAACAUUUGAGAAGUGCUGUGCCAAUGUGUGUGGAAACCGCAGCUGUGUGGCGGCGCGCUUCAUCGACACUACAGGCAAGAAAGGGCCGAUGGGUUUGCCAACGGAGGCGUCCUGCGACACGUUCCAGUGUUCCCAGCAGGGCUCCCAGUGCGACAUCUGGGACGGCCAGCCGGUGUGCAAGUGCCGGGACCGGUGCGAGAGAGACCCGCUCUUCACCUGCGCCUCGGACGGCAUGACCUACUACAACAAGUGCUACAUGGAUGCCGAAGCGUGUUCGAAGGGAAUCUCCUUAUCGGUCGUGACGUGUCGUUUUCAUCUCACCUGGCCCAACACCAGUCCUGUCCCGACCGGCACCACUGCGUUACCCACCACUGCAAUCCAGCGCACGACUCCGGGACACAUACACACACACACUCCUAUAAUGCUCGGCAUCCCGUCUCAGCAGUCCGUGUUCGUCGGAGACACGGCUAGCUUUCUCUGUGAAGUGGCAGGGCGACCGAAACCUGAGAUAACCUGGGAGAAACAGCACGGAAACCCAGUGGUUAUGAAACCCAAUCACGUGCAUGGGAACGUAGUGGUCACUAACAUCGGGCAGUUGGUCAUCUACAACGCACAACUGCAAGACGCCGGCGUCUACACAUGCACGGCCACCAAUCCCGGCGGCUCGAUACUCGCGCACUUCCCGCUGUCCGUAAUCCAGCAAGAGCCGAUCAUAGAGCUGAACUCCACCGGGUUCCCAGCCGAGGAGUGUUUGAAAGUGCCGGACGGGGACGAUUGUGGAGAGGAAAAGCUGAGUUGGUUUUACGACCCACAGAGGAACAACUGCUAUACUUUUACGUACGGCAACUGCAGCAAAAACCGCAAUCACUUCGACGCUUACGACACGUGCAUGACGUCGUGUCGGGACGAGCUUUCCGCGCCUUGCAACCUCCCGAUUUACCAGGGACCUUGCAAGGCGUACGAGCCUCGAUGGGCGUACAGCGGAUCCCAGCGCCGCUGCCAGCCGUUCGUGUUCGGCGGAUGCAAAGGCAACGAGAACAACUUCAAAACCAAAGAUGCGUGCGAAGACACAUGCCCGUUCCCGAGGAUCCAGCGAUGCAAACCGUGCAAACCAAAGCACAAGAUGGUGACCAGCUUCUGUAGGAGUGAUUUCGUGAUUCUGGGACGUGUGACGGAGCUCACCGAGGAUCAGGAUUCGGGUCACGCUUUGGUCACGGUGGAGGAGAUCCUGAAGGACGAGAAAAUGGGCUUGAAGUUCUUCGGGAAGGAUCCGCUCGAGGUGACCCUGCAGAACAUGGACUGGGCCUGUCCGUGUCCGAACGUGACCACCACAGACGGCCAGAUCAUCCUCAUGGGAGACGUGGAUAACGGCAUGGCUGUCCUGCAACCCGACAGCUUCAUCGUGCUUUCCAGCGCCCGGCGUGUUCGGAAGCUACGCGAGGUCAUCAAUAAAAACACCUGCGACAUUUUGAAAGAGUUCAUCCAGUAGGACUUUU